AUGAAUCUGAAGGGCCAGAUGAUCUAUGUUUUUGAAUUAAGCUCUAUUCUGUUCCUGGGCUCCCCCUGUGUAGAUAGAUUAGAAUAUUUCGCGGGACGAGGUCUCUACCUGUCAGAUAUUCCAAUCCACAAUGCUCUGAGAGAUGUGGUACUAAUAGGAGACAGGUUAGGAAAACUGAAGGCUACCCUAGAAUGUGCUUUAGAAGAGGAGAAAAAGAAAACGAACCUUCUGUUUUCAAUCUUUACUGGUGAGGUGGCUCAGCAAUUGUGGCAGGAACAAACUGUGAAAGCCAAGAAGUUUAAUAAUGUGACCAUGCUGUUCUCUGAUAUUGUGGGCUUCACAGCAAUAUGUUCUCAUUGUUUACAAAUGCAAGUUAUCACCAUGCUGAAUUAACUUUACACACUUUUUGAUUUCCAGUGCGGAGAACUAGACGUCUAUAAGGUGGAAACUAUUGGUGAUGCUUAUUGUGUGGCUGGGGGACUGCAUAUGGAUAGUGACACACAUGCCUUUCAAGUUGCUCUGAUGGCUUUAAAAAUGAUGGAACUCUCAGAUAAAGUAAUGUCUCCUCAUGGUGAACCCAUAAAGAUGUGCAUAGGUCUGCACUUUAAUACAAUUUUUGCUGGUGUUGUAGGUGUAAGAAUGCCACAUUACUGCCUUUUUGGAAAUAAUGUUACACUUGCCAAUAAGUUCGAAUCUUGCACUAUACCAAGAAAGAUAAAUAUCAGCCCUACAACGUAUAGCUUGCUUAAAGAUUUUAAAGGAUUUAAGUUUAUACCUCGAUCAAGAGAAGAUCUUCCACCAAAAUUUCCAGCUGAAAUUCCAGGAAUCUGUUAUUUUCUUCAGGCUUUAGUUCAAGACAUGUUGACCAAGACUUGGUACCAGACAAAUCCGGCAGAGGAUUUACAUUUCAGCAAAAUGAAAUAG